AUGUUAUUGGAAAAAAUAAAGUGUCUACACGAAUAUACGACAAAUUAUACCACUCAAAAUAUAUACCGCUGGACAAAUCCAAAGCUGAACGGGAAAAAGGAGACUGUUCUUAACAGACUUCGCAUUGGUCACACCAGAAUCACACAUGGUUUCCUGAUGGCCAGAAAGGAACCCCCCAUUUGCCAAACUCGUGGAACUGCUUUAAUUGUCAAACACUUAAUAGCCGACUGUUUAAAAUUCAACCAAGAGCGUGUUAUGAAUGGGAUAUCCUACAACCUUGACACCGCACUCGGACCCGAUCAUGAAAAAAACCUAGAGAUAAUUAAUUUUACAAAACAAGCUAAACUGUUCAACCUUUCAUAA